AUGAGGAGAGAACUUCAAGGAUUAGAGGGUCUGAAGGCCGCGGAUAACGACCCCACGGCGCCUCCGUACGACUCCCUGCUGGUCUUCGACUACGAGGGCAGCGGCUCCACGGCGGGCUCCCUCAGCUCCCUGCACUCCGGCUCCAGCUGCGAAGACCAGGACUAUGACUACCUCGGUGACUGGGGGCCGCGCUUUCGCAAGCUAGCCGAUCUCUACGGAGGCGGCGACGAUUAG